CGCAGCCGGGUCGGGUCGGGGCCCCUCCCGGGAGGAGCGUGGAGCGGCGGCGGCGGCGGCAGCGGCGGCGGCAGUAGAAAUGAUGGAAGAAUUGCAUAGCUUGGACCCCCGGCGGCAGGAAUUAUUAGAGGCCAGGUUUACUGGAGUUGGUGUUAGUAAGGGGCCACUCAACAGUGAGUCUUCCAACCAGAGCUUGUGCAGCGUGGGGUCCUUGAGUGAUAAAGAAGUAGAGACUCCUGAGAAAAAACAGAAUGACCAGCGAAACCGGAAAAGAAAAGCUGAACCAUAUGAAACUAGCCAAGGGAAAGGCACUCCUAGGGGACAUAAAAUUAGUGAUUACUUUGAGUUUGCUGGGGGAAGCGGGCCAGGAACCAGCCCUGGCAGAAGUGUUCCACCAGUUGCACGAUCCUCACCGCAACAUUCCUUAUCCAAUCCCUUACCGCGGCGAGUAGAACAGCCUCUCUAUGGUUUAGAUGGCAGCGCUACAAAGGAGGUGUCAGAGGAGCAGUCUGCCCUGCCAACGCUUAUGUCAGUGAUGCUGGCAAAACCUCGGCUCGACACAGAGCAGCUGGCACAGAGGGGAGCUGGCCUCUGCUUCACUUUUGUCUCAGCUCAGCAAAACAGUCCCUCAUCUACAGGAUCGGGCAACACAGAGCAUUCCUGCAGCUCCCAGAAACAGAUCUCCAUCCAGCACAGGCAGACCCAGUCUGACCUCACAAUAGAAAAAAUAUCUGCACUAGAAAACAGUAAGAAUUCUGACUUAGAGAAGAAGGAAGGAAGAAUAGAUGAUUUAUUAAGAGCCAACUGCGAUUUGAGACGGCAGAUUGAUGAACAGCAAAAGAUGUUAGAGAAAUACAAAGAACGAUUAAAUCGAUGUGUGACAAUGAGCAAGAAACUCCUUAUAGAAAAGUCAAAACAAGAGAAGAUGGCAUGUAGAGAUAAAAGCAUGCAAGAUCGCUUGAGACUGGGCCACUUUACCACCGUCCGACACGGGGCUUCGUUUACUGAACAGUGGACAGAUGGUUAUGCUUUCCAGAACCUUAUUAAGCAACAGGAAAGGAUAAAUUCACAGAGGGAAGAGAUAGAAAGACAACGAAAAAUGUUAGCGAAGCGGAAACCUCCUGCCAUGGGACAGGCCCCUCCGGCAACCAAUGAGCAGAAACAGCGGAAAAGCAAGACCAAUGGAGCUGAGAAUGAAACGUUAACAUUAGCAGAAUACCAUGAACAAGAAGAAAUCUUCAAACUCAGAUUAGGUCAUCUUAAAAAGGAGGAAGCAGAGAUCCAGGCAGAGCUGGAAAGGCUAGAAAGGGUUAGAAAUCUACAUAUCAGGGAACUAAAAAGGAUACAUAAUGAAGAUAAUUCACAAUUUAAAGAUCAUCCAACGCUAAAUGACAGAUAUUUGUUGUUACAUCUUUUGGGUAGAGGAGGUUUCAGUGAAGUUUACAAGGCAUUUGAUCUAACAGAACAAAGAUACGUAGCUGUGAAAAUUCACCAGUUAAAUAAAAACUGGAGAGAUGAGAAAAAGGAGAAUUACCACAAGCAUGCAUGUAGGGAAUACCGGAUUCACAAAGAACUGGAUCAUCCCAGAAUAGUUAAGCUGUAUGAUUACUUUUCACUGGACACUGACUCGUUUUGUACAGUACUAGAAUACUGUGAGGGAAAUGAUCUGGACUUCUACCUGAAACAGCACAAAUUAAUGUCGGAGAAAGAAGCCCGAUCCAUUAUCAUGCAGAUUGUGAAUGCUUUAAAGUACUUAAAUGAAAUAAAACCUCCUAUCAUACACUAUGACCUCAAACCAGGUAAUAUUCUUUUAGUAAAUGGUACAGCAUGUGGAGAGAUAAAAAUCACAGAUUUUGGUCUUUCCAAGAUAAUGGAUGAUGAUAGCUACAAUUCAGUGGAUGGCAUGGAGCUAACGUCACAAGGCGCUGGUACUUACUGGUAUUUACCACCAGAGUGUUUUGUGGUUGGGAAAGAACCACCAAAGAUCUCAAAUAAAGUUGACGUCUGGUCAGUGGGUGUGAUCUUCUACCAGUGUCUUUAUGGAAGGAAGCCUUUUGGCCAUAAUCAGUCCCAGCAAGACAUUCUACAAGAAAAUACUAUCCUCAAAGCUACUGAAGUGCAGUUCCCGCCAAAGCCAGUAGUAACACCUGAAGCAAAGGCAUUUAUUCGACGAUGCUUGGCCUACCGAAAGGAGGACCGCAUCGACGUCCAGCAGCUGGCCUGUGACCCCUACUUGCUUCCUCACAUCCGAAAGUCGGUCUCCACGAGUAGCCCUGCUGGAGCUGCUAUCGCGUCAACCUCGGGGGCGUCCAAUAACAGUUCUUCGAAUUGAGACUCACUCCCAGCCACAGACUGUUCGACACACACAGAGUGGACAAAUGGCGUUCAGCAGCGGGUUUGGAACAUAGCGAAUCCAAAUGGAUCUCAUGAAACCUGUACCAGGUGCUUUUAUUUUCUUGCUUUUUUCCCAUCCAUAGAGCAUGACAGCAUCGAUUCUCAUUGAGGAGAAACCUCGGGCAGCUCUGGCCAGGCCUCGUAGGAAAAGGCCCCGCCCAAGGUUCCGGCGUCAACGGCCACUGCGUGUGGCUGCUCUGAGUGAGGAAAAAAUUAAAAAGAAAAACUGGUUCCAUGUACUGUGAACUUGAAAACAUGCAGACUCAGGGGGGUCCCUGAUGCAGUGCUUCAGAUGAAGAAUGUGGACUUGAAAAUACAGACUGGGCUAGUCCAGUGUCUAUAUUUAAACUUGUUCUUUUCUUUUAAUAAAGUUUAGGUAACAUCUCCUGAAAAGCUUGUAGCACAAAGGCUCGGCUGGGGAUGGUGUUUGACUUCGGAGGAAAAAAGUUGCUAUUGCCCGUUAAAGGCACUAGAGUUAGUGUUUUAUCCCUAAAUAAUUUCAAUUUUUAAAAACAUGCAGCUUCCUUCCCCCCUUUUUUAUUUUUGAAAGAAUACAUUUGGUCAUAAAGUGAAACCCGUAUUAGCAAGUACGUGGCAAUGUUCAUUCCAAUCAGAUGCAGCUUUCUCCUCCGUCUGGUCUCCUGUUUGCAAUUGCUUCCCUCAUCUCAGUAGGGAAAAAAUUGAGUGGGAGUACUGAGAUGUGUGGGGUUUUGCCAUUGGACAAAGAAUGAGGUUAGAACUCUGCAGCUUGGAGUCUCUCUAGGUUUUCAACUAUUUCUUCACAAUUUGAACACUUGACGGUUGUCCCUUUUAAUUUAUUUGAAGUGCUAUUUUUUUAAAUAAAGGUUCAUCUGUCCAUGCAGUCCUCUUGGAUUCUCUGAAUGUAGUAACCAUUGAAACUGUUCCAAAGGCAGGCAGAACUCAGGCUGGGGAGCCAGUGCUGCAGGGAGCAGGAGUUCCCACCCACAGACCCCGUGCACUUGCUGAACGGUGUGCAUUUCUUGUUACAAUGAUAUUAAAACUUGAUCAGCACAUAAGCUUUCCUCUGUUAGCUCUUUUGACAGGAAACAGCCUCC